CAGUCUAGCGCCGCUGCCCGCCGACUUUUUGAAUCUGAAGUCCGCGGCAGAGCGACCACCACCGCACGCACUGCACCCAGCCACGCCGCCGCCAUGACGCGCAAACUCAAGCACCAUGAGCAGAAGCUGCUGCGCAAGGUCGACUUCAACACGUACAAGUCCGACAAUGACCACCGCGAGACGCUCGUCAUGCGCCGCUACGCCAUCCAGGGCCGCGACGACUACCGCAAGUACAACCAGCUGUGCGGCUCGCUGCGCCAGCUCGCCCACCGCAUCUCGAACCUCGACCCCGCCGACCCGUUCCGCCGCAAGCAGGAGGAUCAGCUGCUCGAGAAGCUGUUCGACAUGGGCAUCCUGGGCACCGGCGGCGGCGGCCGCGGCAAGCUGAGCGACAUUGAGCACAAGGUCACCGUCAGCGCCUUCGCCCGGCGCCGCCUGCCCGUCGUCAUGGCCCGCCUGCGCAUGAGCGAGCACCUGACGAGCGCCAUCAAGAUGAUCGAGCAGGGCCACGUGCGCGUCGGCACCACCGUCAUCACCGAUCCGGCCUACCUAGUGACAAGAAACAUGGAGGACUUCGUCACCUGGGUCGACUCGUCCAAGAUCAAGCGCAACAUCAUGAAGUACCGCGACAAGGUGGACGACUUCGAGCUCGAGGCCUUGUAAACUCACUGGGCCAUUGCAUAACACGGCGUUCACG